CCCCAACUUUCCUCAAGCGCCGCUUUGCCCCUCCGCAGCCCGCCUUCGCCCCGCGGCAGAGGCAGGGCGCAUGCGCCUAGCCCGUGCAGAGGCGGGGAUUGGUGGUGGCGCGUGGGAUUCGAUUCGCACAGGAGAGAAGGAGCCCGCGCGCGGGGCGGGAGAUGGCUGGCCCUGGGGCGCUGCUGCGCCAAUGCCCGCUGCUCCUGCCUCAGAACCGCGAGGGGAGCGUCUACGAGGGGUUCGUCACCGUGCAGGAUAGAGACUUCCAUAUAAGGAUACUGUUACCAUCAGAUUUUCAGCUUAAAAAUGCAAGGAUACAGUGUAGUUGGUGUCUAAAGAAGGUAUUGCAUGGAUAUCACCAGAUUGUGAAACAGAGGUUGCAACACUGUUCUGAUCUGGUCAGUUUUAUGGUGGAGCUUAAAACUAUUUUGGAAGCUGCUUUAAAGAAUGCACAAGAGCUGCAUGCACCCCCACCUCCAGAAUACUACUCAUACCUUGUCAGAGAUAUAGAAACGUUGGGUUGGAAUAAAGUCGUAUAUGUAGAUACUGGCCUUAAUACCAUCAAGCUAAAAGGAGAAGACUCUUGUGGUCGACAGCAUCUAAUCACACUGAAGUUAAAUGCAAAGUAUCCUACAGAACCACCAAAUUGCUUUGUAGACUUCCCUGUUGAAUUUGCUCUCUCUUGGAUUCCACAGAGCUCCUUAAUAGACAUUUAUAAUCAGUUCUUGGCAGCAUUAGAAUCACUGAAAGAAUUCUGGAAUGCUAUGGAUGAAAUUGAUGAGAAGACUUGGGUACUUGAGCCAGAAAACCCCACACGGAGUGCCACAAUGAGAAGAAUUGCAAUAGGAAACAAUGUUUCCAUAAACUUAGAGGUAGAUCCCAGGCACCCAACUAUGCUUCCUGAGUGUUACUUUCUUGGAGCAGACCACGUGGUAAAUCCUUUGAGAACAAAGCUGAACAACAACAUGCACUUGUGGGAUCCAGAUAUCACCCUAUUACAAAAUUUGAAAGAAGUUUUAGAAACUGAUUUUCCUUCUCGUGCUGUGCUAGAAAAGACUGACUUCACUAUGGACUGUGGUAUCUGUUAUGCUUACCGACUUGAUGGUGCUAUUCCAGACCAAGUAUGUGGUGAUUCCCGAUGUGGACAACCUUUCCAUCAGGCUUGUUUGUUUGAGUGGUUACAAGGUCUUCCUUCUAGCAGACAAAGUUUUAAUGUCAUCUUUGGUGAAUGUCCAUACUGUAACAAGCCAAUCUCGGUGAAAAUGUCUAUGAAGAAACUUUGAAAAAAGAACUUAUACGGCUCCGGGUGAAUGACCAUGCACAUAAACUCAAGACAUUCUAAAUGGUGACAUCAAAGAAAAUACAACACAAGGAAUAUUAAUAUCAGAAGUACAAGUAUGGCAGUGGUGUAUCGGUACCUCUCUUCAGUAAACGCAAGCUUAAAAAUAUUGGAUACAGAAGGACUAGUAAAAUCUCUAUUGGGUUCUUGCAAAGAUACUGGAGAAUAUGUAAUGCUACUUUGGUGGUGUUUCUUUUUACCUUCCCAGAGAACUGUUUGGGGAUAGUGCCUGGGUAGUUGUCUUACGGUGUUUUCCUGCAAGGGGGAAAAAAAAUAUUCAAAUGUUUCCAGCAUUAAACGGAGUGGAAAUCUGAAUCAGAAGAACAAAGAUUAAAAUAUUCUGUUGCAGUGCUUUCUGGGGGAAACUUACAUGCAAAUGUCAAAGAACUACAGUGAAAGAACAAAUUCUCACAAGCUUUUAGCAAGAUUAGCUAGUAACGUUUGCUGAGCUACUAGGAGUAGAGAUUUAACCCCUCUAGAUUUUGUGAACAUUGUCAGAUGCAGCUAACAUUCAAAGCUUUAUAAAUGUACAAAUACAGCAGUGUUCAUAUCUACAGAUUAAUGUGGGAUUUGGUUUUAUAACAUGUAGACUAAAUGCUUUGCAAAAAGAAAUAAUUAGAAUUUCAUUUUUAAAAGCAACAUCUAAGGGGCUCUAAUACCUUUAUCUUUGUCCUCAAAAUUGUGAAAAUCUAUAACAUUUACAAUAUUCUUGCUAAUAAAGUUAUUAUAUACCCAUUCUAAA